GUGCUGUCUUUGAAUAGUUCGUGCAGUCUAAAACUAGGUAGAGUCAUGAAUUUCCAUGCAAAAUAAUUCGGUUUACGGCCAAGUUUUAAAAAUUCGCGUUGGUCAAAGAAAAAAAUCCCCAUUUAUACGUAACGUACACAUGUUUUCCUUCAACAGCUGUAACGUCGUUACAAAAGUGUUGCCAAAUUUCCCCUGAAAAUUUUGUAUUCACUCUUUUCUUAGUUUGCCAGAUAUUAGUUUGUUUUUGUCCCCGCACUUGUCACAAUUUUAGUCAUCCGACUCGCCGAAGAUGGGCAUGUCCGAGGAAGUGGAGGGCCUGCUCGCGACGGCCAUAGAAACGUACAAAACUCUGUUCAAUGGCUCCGUCCCGACUAUCGCUGUCUGCUCGCCUACGAAAGCGAACAUAAUAGGCGAGCACAUCGCCUAUGUUGACGGGAUGGUCCUGUCCCUGAGCAUACCACUCUACAUAAUCGCCGUCGGGGCCAGGAACGACCUGAACACGAUCCGUAUCCACACGGACAACAAGGAAAUCGAGGAAAGUCAGCGUUACAUCGAAUUCCCCAUCCCCAGCAUCGAGCCGCUGGCCCAGGGCGGCCCUUCGUGGAGCAACUACGUCAAAGGGACGAUUGAGCUGUUCAAGGGCUACAUUCUCGAGGGUUUCGACAUGGUCAUUGUCUCUAGGAUACCCCUCAAAGUCGGCCUGGGAAGCAGCAGUGCCUUUUGCAUCGCCGUUUACAGUUUCCUCGAGGCGUUCACCAAAGAGGUCACAGUCAACCUGAGGGACAAGGCGUACAGGUGCAUGAGGGCCGAGGAGAAGUUCAACCCGGACAAGAAGACGUCCGGAAUCAUGGACAUUUACAUAUUGCUCUGCUCGAAGGAGAACUACGCCAUAAGCCUCGAUUGCAGGGACAUGCGCUACAAGUACAUACCGUUCAACGUCAAAGACGUCUCCGUGCUGAUCAUUAACUCAAACAAGCAGAGCAUGUUCACCGACAAGGACAUGGAGUCGAGGAAGCAGCUCUGUCAUGACGCGGCCAAGAUAAUGGGACUCACGUCGAUACGAGAAGCGAAGACAGCGCAUUUCAAAGCUUUCAAGACACCACUUCUCGAGGACAAAGAGCGCGACAUGCGUGCCAGGCACGCACAUUCUGAGAUCAAGCGGGUCGAGCGUGCUGUGCAGGCAAUGCUGGCAAAUGACUUCAAACUCCUGGGCCGGCUCAUGAACCAGAGCCAGACUUCGCUCAAGUAUGAUUGCGAAGUGACGAUACCCGAGAUUGACGAGCUGAUCGACAUCGUCCUGGAGAUCAACGGUGUCUAUGGGACCAAGAUGUUCGGACCUGGUCUCGGUGGGUGCAUCAUAGUACUGCUUAAAUCUUCAGCCGUGGAUGAGGUGGUGGUCGCGACGAAGAGAAAAUUCUCCGGCAAGGCGGAGUUCUACCUGGCCGAGCCAGCCGAAAGGGUGCAUGACAUCAGCUACAUGAUCUUCAACCUGGAAAGGCGGGCAUUGACGAUAAUCGGCAGCAUAUCCACCCAGCUCGAGUACGCCGUUGAAUUCUUCCUUGCGAGGUACAACAGAUACCCGGACACUGCGGUACAGGCACCGGGCAGGGUCACAAUACUCGGCGAGCACACAUGCACGCACAGUGGUUUCAUGCUGCAAAUGGCGAUACCCUUAUCGACUAUCAUAGUCGGCAAGCGGAACUGCACCAACUUCCUAAACAUAUAUGUCGACGAGGACUUUGCAGGUGGGGGCGGGGGUGAUUUCCUCUGUGUCACGCUACCUGUCGUAGUCGACUUCCGGAAGAGCAAGUCCCAUUGGACCAACAUGAUAUACGGCACUCUGUUGAAGUUUCAAGGCGAGUUGAAAGAGGGCUUUGAUUUGGUGCUUGUGAGCACGAUCCCAGACGCGUCCGGCCUUGGACGCGACAGCUCAGUCAUUGUCGCCUUCUACACUUUCCUCGAAGCAGUGACAAAACAGCAGACACCUAAGUGGACGAUGAAAGCGCGCCAGUGCUAUUUGGCCGAGCACGAAUACACUGAGAACGAGUGCUCAUACGCCGACUACCUAACAAUAAUAGCAGCUGAGGAGGAUUACCUCACCUACAUCGAUUGCAUGACGGAAGAAAUUGAAAUGAUACCUUUCAAAAAGGAGGAGUACCUUUUCCUCCUGACGACCCUCCCAGAGGAGAAGAUCAUGCCUGACGACAAGUAUCCAGACCGGCAGACUGAGUGUGAAGAGCUGGUCAUUGUACUUGGAAUUCAGUCACUGAGAGAGGCAAACGUCGAAAUGCUAGACGAGAAACAGGACUGCAUGAGCUUUGGGAUGUACAAAAGAGGCAACUACGUCAUACAGGAGAUGAUGAGGACAUAUGAGGCGAUGAAGUCUUUAAACAGGAAGGAUUACGACUCGCUUGGCGCUAUCAUGCUCCAAUCUCACAACUCUUUGAGAUACCAUUACGAACAUGUGAGCGCCUCGCUCAACCAGAUUGUCGCCCUGACGAUGAAAUGCCCUGGCGUGCUAGGCACGAAGAUAACAUCCUCGGAACAAAGCCGGUGCACCCUGACGUUGGUGAGAAAGAAGUGCCUGGAAAGCGUUAUUGACCGUGUGUACUGCGGAUACAAGCAAAGGACACUUUUUUACACUCUAGAACCAAAAGAUGGCACAAGGAAUAUAACAGAGUCGCUGAACCUGGAGCUGAGGAGACGACGCGAGGACAUUGACAUUGUAAGCGAGCACUUAUCCGUCCACUCGGUUGCCUCGUCCGACCUCAACGCCCUGUCCUGGUCGAUGUUCGACCUAGGCGAGGAAUGGGCUGACUGGUCUGCUCAGAGGAAGAAACAGCCCAAGGAGGGCUCGGAACACGACUCCGUCCAGGAGACGGCGAAAGACGAAGAAAUGGAGUUUGGUAUGACGACCGGAGGGUUUGGUAUGGAUGAUGAGGAUGAUAUAUAAAACCCAGCGAUGAUGGCAAACCAGAGAAGAUAAAAAAUGCCAAUAAAUUAACACAUGUAAACAAA